AUGGCCGAAGUGCGCAAAUUCACCAAGCGGCUCAGCAAGCCGGGCACCGCGGCCGAGCUCCGGCAGAGCGUGUCCGAGGCCGUGCGGGGCUCCGUGGUGCUGGAAAAGACCAAAAUUGUGGAGCCCUUGGACUAUGAAAAUGUCAUCACACAAAGAAAGACACAGAUCUACAGUGAUCCUCUCAGAGACCUGCUUAUGUUUCCAAUGGAAGAUAUAUCUAUUUCAGUAAUAAGUCGUCAUCGCAGAACUGUGCCAUCCACUGUACCAGAUGAUGGGGAAAAAAAGGCCCAAAGUUUGUUUGUCAAAGAGUGCAUUAAAACAUAUAGCACCGACUGGCAUGUGGUCAAUUACAAGUAUGAAGACUUCUCUGGAGAUUUUCGAAUGUUGCCAUGCAAAUCUCUGAGACCAGACAAGAUUCCAAAUCAUGUCUUUGAGAUUGAUGAAGACUGUGAGAAAGAUGAGGAUUCUUCUUCUUUAUGUUCUCAGAAGGGCGGUGUGAUAAAACAAGGCUGGUUGCAUAAGGCCAACGUCAAUAGCACCAUUACAGUGACCAUGAAGGUAUUCAAGAGACGGUAUUUUUACUUAACUCAGCUUCCUGAUGGCUCCUAUAUUCUCAAUUCCUAUAAAGAUGAGAAAAAUUCCAAAGAAUCAAAAGGUUGCAUCUACUUGGACGCCUGCAUUGAUGUGGUUCAGUGUCCCAAGAUGCGUCGAUAUGCUUUUGAACUCAAGAUGCUUGAUAAGUAUAGUCAUUAUUUGGCUGCUGAUACUGAGCAGGAAAUGGAAGAAUGGUUGAUAACUUUGAGAAAGAUUAUUCAGAUCAAUACCGACAGUUUGGUACAAGAGAAAAAGGAGCCAGUAGAAACAGCACAAGAUGAUGAGACUAGCAGCCAAGGAAAAAGCGAGAACAUCAUGGCCAGUUUGGAGAGGAGCAUGCAUCCGGAACUCAUGAAGGUACAGCUUUAUUACGGCCUUCAGUUGAAACAAGGCCGGAUUCCAUUUGGCAAUGCUAGUUCUAAGUUCAAAACCAGUAAAGCUCAUAGAGAUUGUGAAAGAAAACUUGAGAUUUCCAAAGUGGGGAUUUUUGGGUUUGCCUGGGUCCCUUUGCUGAAGGACGGUCGAAUCAUCACAUUUGAGCAGCAGCUGCCAGUGUCAGCCAAUCUCCCCCUCUACUUGAAUCUGAAUGAUGCUGAAUCAAAAAGGUCAAAUGUGGAUAUUAAGUGGGUUGAUGGUGCAAAGCCUUUGUUGAAGAUUAAAAGCCACUUGGAGUCAACCAUAUACACGCAAGAUCUUCAUGUGCACAAAUUCUUCCAUCAUUGCCAGCUGAUUCAGUCAGGCUCAAAGGAAGUUCCGGGGGAGCUUAUUAAAUAUUUAAAGUGUUUGCAUGCCAUGGAGAUCCAAGUCAUGAUACAGUUUCUUCCUGUAAUUCUUAUGCAACUCUUCCGAGUUCUCACAAAUAUGACCCAUGAAGAUGAUGUUCCUAUCAACUGCACCAUGGUUCUUUUGCAUAUUGUCUCAAAGUGCCACGAAGAAGGCUUGGAUAAUUAUUUGAGAUCCUUCAUAAAGUAUAGCUUCCGUCCUGAAAAACCGAGCCCUGCUCAAGCUGCACUCAUCCACGAAACCUUGGCUACUACCAUGAUUGCCAUAUUGAAACAGUCAGCAGACUUCUUGGCUAUAAACAAACUCUUAAAGUACUCAUGGUUUUUCUUCGAAAUUAUUGCCAAGUCUAUGGCCACAUACUUGUUGGAAGAGAAUAAAAUUAAGCUUCCCAGAGGCCAGAGAUUUCCUGAGGCAUAUCAUCAUGUAUUGCAUUCAUUGCUCUUGGCAAUAAUUCCUCAUGUGACUAUUCGUUUUGGGGAGAUUCCCGAAGAGUCCAGAAAUGUCAAUUACAGUUUGGCUAGCUUUCUUAAGCGCUGUUUGACACUAAUGGAUAGAGGAUUUGUUUUUAAUCUGAUAAAUGACUAUAUAUCUGGAUUCAGUCCCAAAGAUCCUAAGGUUCUGGCAGAGUACAAGUUUGAAUUUCUACAAACCAUCUGCAAUCAUGAACAUUACAUUCCUCUGAACUUGCCAAUGGCUUUUGCCAAACCUAAACUUCAGCGUGUUCAAGAUUCAAACCUUGAAUGCAGUUUAUCAGAUGAGUACUGCAAACAUCACUUCUUGGUUGGUCUACUUCUGAGGGAAACCUCCAUGGCUCUUCAAGACAGUUAUGAGAUCAGAUAUACAGCUAUCUCUGUCAUCAAGAAUCUUUUGAUAAAACAUGCAUUUGACACAAGAUAUCAACACAAGAACCAGCAAGCCAAAAUAGCACAAUUGUAUCUCCCAUUUGUCGGACUGCUUUUGGAAAAUAUACAACGAUUAGCUGGUCGAGAUACCCUGUAUUCUUGUGCAGCCAUGCCCAAUUCUACAUCCAGAGAUGACUUUGCAUGUGGCUUUACUUCACCUACGAGCAGAGGAAGCCUGAGCACUGACAAAGAUACUGUUUACGGGUCUUUUCAAAAUGGACAUGGAAUUAAGAGGGAAGAUUCAAGAGGUUCCCUCAUACCUGAAGGAACAGGAUUUUCAGACCAGAGUAGCAGUGGUGAACAUACCCGACAGAAUUCUACAAGGAGUAGUAUUUCCCAGUAUAACCGAUUGGAUCAAUAUGAAAUUAGAAGCCUGUUGAUGUGCUACUUAUAUAUAGUGAAAAUGAUUUCUGAAGACACUCUCUUAACUUACUGGAAUAAAGUCUCGCCUCAGGAGCUUAUAAAUGUUCUUAUACUUCUUGAAGUUUGUUUAUUUCACUUUAGAUAUAUGGGGAAAAGAAAUAUAGCAAGGAUACAUGAUGCCUGGCUGUCAAAACACUUUGGAAUUGACCGAAAAUCACAAACCAUGCCAGCCCUAAGAAACAGAUCAGGAGUAAUGCAGGCCCGGCUUCAGCAUCUUAGUAGUCUGGAAAGUUCUUUUACCCUUAAUCACAGUUCUGCAACAACAGAAGCUGACAUUUUUCAUCAAGCACUUCUAGAAGGCAAUACAGCUACUGAGGUUUCUCUAACAGUAUUAGACACCAUAUCGUUUUUCACCCAGUGCUUCAAGAGCCAGCUUUUAAAUAAUGAUGGCCACAAUCCACUAAUGAAAAAAGUUUUUGAUAUUCACCUUGCAUUUCUUAAAAACGGCCAAUCUGAAGUGUCGCUGAAGCAUGUAUUUGCCUCCCUGCGAGCUUUCAUCAGUAAGUUUCCCUCUGCCUUUUUCAAAGGUAGGGUAAACAUGUGUGCUGCGUUUUGCUAUGAAGUUCUAAAGUGCUGUACCUCGAAGAUCAGCUCAACCAGGAAUGAAGCUUCUGCACUUUUGUAUCUCCUGAUGAGAAACAACUUUGAGUAUACUAAAAGGAAAACCUUUCUGAGGACUCAUCUGCAGAUAAUCAUUGCUGUAAGCCAACUGAUAGCUGAUGUCGCCCUCAGCGGAGGAUCAAGAUUUCAGGAAUCUUUAUUUAUUAUCAAUAAUUUUGCAAAUAGCGACAGACCUAUGAAGGCCACUGCUUUUCCUACCGAAGUCAAAGACUUGACCAAGAGAAUCCGCACCGUUCUUAUGGCCACAGCUCAAAUGAAGGAGCACGAGAAAGAUCCAGAAAUGCUAAUUGACCUCCAGUAUAGCUUAGCCAAGUCCUAUGCCAGCACCCCAGAGCUAAGGAAAACUUGGCUUGAUAGCAUGGCCAAGAUUCAUAUAAAAAAUGGAGAUUUUUCAGAGGCAGCCAUGUGUUAUGUACAUGUAGCAGCUUUGGUUGCAGAAUUUCUUCAUCGGAAAAAAUUAUUCCCUAAUGGAUGUUCAGCCUUCAAGAAAAUCACACCCAAUAUAGAUGAAGAAGGAGCAAUGAAAGAAGAUGCUGGAAUGAUGGAUGUCCACUAUAGUGAAGAAGUAUUGCUGGAGUUGCUAGAACAGUGCGUGGAUGGCUUGUGGAAGGCAGAACGUUAUGAAGUGAUUUCUGAAAUUUCUAAGUUGAUCAUUCCAAUUUAUGAGAAACGUCGUGAAUUUGAGAAACUGACUCAAGUUUACAGAACUCUUCAUGGAGCUUACACAAAAAUUCUAGAAGUUAUGCACACAAAGAAAAGACUGCUAGGUACUUUCUUCAGAGUUGCCUUUUAUGGCCAAUCCUUUUUUGAAGAAGAGGAUGGCAAAGAGUAUAUCUAUAAGGAACCCAAGCUCACUGGCCUCUCAGAGAUUUCCCUGAGACUUGUUAAACUUUAUGGCGAAAAAUUUGGUACAGAUAAUGUCAGAAUAAUUCAAGAUUCAGACAAGGUAAAUGCCAAGGAGCUUGACCCCAAAUAUGCUCAUAUCCAAGUAACGUAUGUAAAGCCCUACUUUGAUGACAAAGAACUCACGGAAAGAAAAACCGAGUUUGAAAGAAACCAUAAUAUUAGCAGAUUCAUGUUCGAGGCUCCUUAUACAUUAUCAGGCAAAAAGCAAGGCUGUAUAGAAGAGCAGUGCAAACGCCGUACAAUCUUGACUACUUCAAACUCAUUUCCCUACGUGAAGAAGAGGAUCCCAAUAAACUAUGAACAGCAGAUUAAUUUGAAGCCGAUUGAUGUUGCUACCGACGAAAUCAAAGAUCGAACCACAGAACUGCAAAAGCUUUGCUCUUCUGCUGAUGUGGAUAUGAUUCAGCUCCAACUGAAAUUGCAGGGCUGUGUUUCAGUGCAGGUCAAUGCUGGACCAUUGGCAUAUGCGAGGGCUUUUUUAAAUGACAGCCAAGCCACCAAGUAUCCACCUAAGAAAGUAAAUGAGUUGAAAGACAUGUUCAGGAAGUUCAUACAAGCAUGUAGCAUUGCCCUGGAACUAAAUGAGCGGCUAAUAAAAGAAGAUCAAAUUGAGUAUCAUGAAGGGCUGAAGUCAAAUUUCAGAGAAAUGGUGAAAGAAUUAUCUGACAUUAUUCACGAGCAGAUAUUACAAGAAGACACUAUGCAUUCUCCCUGGACGAGCAACACAUUACAUGUAUUUUGUGCAAUUAGUGGUACAUCGAGUGACAGAGGCUAUGGUUCGCCAAGAUAUACUACUGAAGUCUGAAGAUGUGCAGGUGUGAAAAGAUGCCAAGACUGACCUUUCUCAGGAAUAUCCAGAGAUGUGUAAAUGUUGCAAUUUGGAGACUUGUACAUGGAAUGUUUCGUCCUGACAUCAAAAUGUUCAUGCUGUUUCAAACAGGGUGCUUACAUUUGUGUAAAUAUUUAAGCAAUUUGAAAGUGCCUGGAAAAUUGCACCACUGUGCUUGGUUUGUACUUUUUAAGGUAAAUCUAUAUACUGAGUAAGAGCUCAAAACAUUAAUUCCAUUUGCUUUGUUAUUGCUUAAAAUAACCCUGGAACUCUGUGAAAUUGUAUAAUGAAAUACAAUAAAAGGCAAAACUUAUUUGCAA